GCUACGGUCACACUACCACUGUCUGCAAAACAUUUUAAACAAAAAGUGCUUGUUAACUAAGUAAUUUUCUUAAUAUUAGUGACUAUUUGGAAUUGCUUUUGGCUGACUUAGGGUUGUGCAAGUGUGUUCUUUGGGUUGUUUGCUUCUUUAGUAUAUUUCUGUGGCCCUUGACUUGCUUGUCUGUCGCCAUCUCGCUCCCACCCUCGCAAUCGGCUUCGUGCGUUUUUUUGUGCAUUUUUACACAAAACUCACACAGUUGUGUGGCUAAGAAUUUACACAGUUUUUUGCAAAGAAACCCAAAAUAAACGCGAUAAUGUGCAAGUGCUACUAAUUUGUUGGCAAGCGGUAUUCUCUUAUCAUUUCAUCAACCCAUAUAAAAUGGAGGAGGAUAAUGUUAAGGCUCUAAAAAACAACAACAACAACAAUAAAGGACGCCAGCAGCUGCAGGGGCACGCCCACAGCACCGCCCCCGCCUUCGUCGAUAUAUUUAUAUUCGAUUUAUAGUAGUAAUUGUAGUAGUCAUGCCAACAACAAAAACAACAACAACUUGCAGCGAAGAAGAAGAAACGGCCAUAAUACGAGAAAAUUGCGAUACGCCAAUGGCGACCCCAACAAAAACAAUAACAACAACAAUAACAUCAACAUCAAAUGCAGCAGCCACAACAAAAACAACAAUAACGCACAGAGAAGAAGAAGCAGUGGCAGCUAGCAAAACAAAAACAACAAUAUUAGCCGCUGCAACUGGAUGCCACAAGCCGUUAUUCUUCAGCCGCCGAUUCCAGGAUAAACGGAACUUUAGCUCUUUGCCCCUUUUCGUUUACGCGACCUCGCCUUCGACACACGCCCACUCGGCGGACGGGGUGGGCGUGGCCAAAGGGGCAGCCGCAUUCAGUCAAAAGAAUGAAGGCUUCGAACUUCCCGCAACGCAUGGCAUCAGCAAAACGGACGGAAGCUGCAUCAGCCACCACAGUCAGAGCAACGGGAACGGAAUCGGAAUCGGCAUCAACGGAAGCGGAAGCGGAAACAUCGUCCACCAUCUCGGUGGAGCCUUGCGCACCACUGACCUGGCCAGCGGGGCCAUGGAGUGCCUGCCGAUGAGCAGCGCCGCCCACCACCCACAUCUUAUGGCGGGUGCGACGGCGGUCGGCGCCGUUGCCGCCUCGCCCACGGCCACAGUGGUGGUGGGGGCCACGUACCCGCACCACCUGCACCACAUGCACCAUCACCUGAGCCACCACACGCCGUACAGCAAUAGCUACGGGAGCCAUCACAUCCACAGCGAGCAGACUAAGUCGCUGCAGGAGCUGCAGCACGAGGUUGGUGCCCUGCUCGAAUUCCGGGACCUGGUCAUCGAAACAUUUCCCGACCUCAAGCACAAGAUGGCCUCCAUGUCCGCGACGCCGUCGACGCCCACGUCAUCGGUGGGAGCCAUCGGUGGCAGUCACUCGGUGGGUGGUGGCAGUUCCUCAUUAGCCACCAGCAGACGUGAGUGGGAGCCGGGCAUACGCAUGAAGCGCAAACUGUCGCACAAGGAACCGUCCACGUCGUCAGCGUCGGCAGCUGCUCCAUCCUCCGGAGCGGAGGCGUCGUCCUCGUCGCUGACGCGCAGCCGCAGCAACUCGCACAGCGGCAAGAAAGAGCCAAAGAGCGGAGAGAACAACAACGGCAGCGUUGUGCAAGACUCCGGCUUCUCAACGGAGACCAGUUCCUCCAAGGAGGGCCACAGUGCCUCCUCCACCAACGGUGCUAUGACGGUGGCCAUAGCAGCGAAUCGCCUGAGCUGCGCGGAAUCGGACGAUGAGCUGCUCAACCUGCUGGACGUCAUCCACCGCAAGUCCAAUCGCUUACGCGAGGAGGUGGAGCAGUUGCAGAGCUACGAGCGCCAGCAGGGGGAUGGCCAGAAGACAUGCGGCGAGGGGAAGGGGGCCAGCAAGGACGGAAUGACACCGCAGCAGUUCCGGGAGCAGGUGGAGCGACUGAAUCGGGAGGACAUCAAGCAGCUGCGCAAGGAGCGCGAUCGUCUGCUCGACAAGCUGGCCGAAAUGGAGGCGGAGACGCUGACGGGGCGCAUAAAGGCGGCCAAGAUGAGCGACCAGGUGGAGGAGCUGGUGGGCGUGAAAAAGGAUCUCGAGGAGCAGCUGAAACUGGCCAUGGCUCAGAAGCUGGAGCUGAGCUCGCGGGUGCAGCAGUUGCAACAGCAACAACAGCAGCAGCAGCAGCAGCAAAGCAAGAGCUCUUCCAGCGCCAGCCAGUCGGAUUACUCCAGUCAACGCAACUUUUUAUCCUCAGCCACCACGGUGCUCUCCAAUGGCAGUCGCCCCAACAGCAACAUCAUCAUUAGCAACAACAACACAUUCCAGCCGGUCGUCCUUGAUCAGCCAGCGCAGGAAGCAUUCCAUCAAAGCUCAGGCAGUGAUAUACUAUUGAGGAAACAAGCACAGCAGCAAUCCCUGGGCCGCCUUGAUGGCAUUGUGAGCACGCCCGGAACGCGCAACUCCAAGUGCCGCCUGGCCGACUCCAAGCGGUUCGCGGCCAUUCUCCUAGAGACAAAUGUGCUGGAGUUGCAGCGCCACCUGCUUACCCUCACCGUGCAGAACCAGGUGCUGGCCCAGAAGCUGGACUCGUCCAGCAAGUCUAAGACGCUGCUGGCCAAGCGGCUGGACAAGAGCAGCGAGGAGUUCGAGCACCUGCGCUACCAGCUGGAGGAGAAGAGCAUCGAGCUGGAGGGCACCAAGGCGCAAUUGCGGCUGGUGGAGUCCCGCCUCCAGGCGAACAACAGCUCCACCAACUCGUAUCUGCUUUCGUCGCAGCACGACUACGAGACCAAUCGCUCCUCGGCCUCUACCACCCUGAUGCUGAGUCGUCGUGGGGUGUCCGACUCCGUGGACUCCGCCUCGACGGCCAUGCCCGCCCCGCCCGUCACGCAGAUCAGCACGCCCAGCAUGAAGGCCAUGGUGCCGCUGGCCAUGGACGAGCUGCAGCAGCACAGCAGCAGCACGGAGUCGGCGCACGAGCAAGAGCACGACAAUCUGAACCAGAACCAGAACCAGGCGAUGCCCAGGACGCCCAACAGCACCGUCUCGCCGCUGAGCAAGACGAUGAUCAAUGCCAGUCCGUGUCCGGUGGGCAGCAGCACGCCCAGCAACAUAGCCGCCCGUGUGAUGAGCAUCAGUGUGGGCGGCGUCAGUCCGUUCGAGGGCAUGACGCCUCCGGCGCGGCAGAACGCGUUCCGAAAGUUUGGCAGUGCCAGCAAGCCCAGCAAGAUUCCGCUGCCGGGCAGCAAGGCGGCGGCCUACUUUUCGGGCAAACCGCCGACGGGCAGACCUUCGACGGCGGGACGUUCCCCGCCAUCGGCGCACAACUCGAGCAGCACCUCGUACGGCAGUAAGUCCUCUCUGAGCAGGAGUACUGGCAAUCUGCAGAGCUUGCGGAGAGCGGACACGUCCGCCUCAAACCAUUCGCUGAGCACGAACACGAGCCGCAGCUCGACCUCGUCUUCGAUACCGCUGGCCACCACACCGUACUCAUCCGGCUCGACUGGCAACCGCAGCCAGCCGACAGCCGCAACGACUCCGUCCCCGCGAGUGCUCCAGAACUCGCCGCUGCCCAAGCUGAAGCGGGAUACGAUCAGCUCGAGGGUGCGUCACCUGGACUCGCUGUCACGUGCCCAGCAUUCGCCGGAGGGUGUGAAGGGCGUAUCCAGCGCCACCUCCAUUGCCGCCCAGCUGAGCUCGACGCUGCGCAAGGAUCUCCAGCUGAGCGGCAACGGCACGGGGGCGACCUAUCACCAGCACCACCAGAACCACCACCGGCGCAGUGGUCACUCGCCGGCGUCCAACUCGUCCGGCAGCGGAGUGUCCAGGCGGUACAGUAGUGCCUCGACAGGGGGCUCCGGUGGACGGGCCAUUGGCCGGGAUCUGGGUGAGACCACCACGCCCACAUCCAGCUUUGGCGGCGACAGUGAUAGUGGCAAGAAUUUGGCCAACCCCGUUGAAAAGCCAAAUUUCCGUCUCAAUAACCACAAUUGGCAACUAUGGCAAACGAGGGUUCAAGUGGACCACUAUCUGCCCCAUGAGCUGCACGAUGUGUCCGAGGAGACGGCCUACGAUUCGUAUUACACCGAGUACACAACGCCGGAUUCCAUGGACUGUGGCAGUGCCAAUCUGCUGGUCACCUUCGACUACGGCUACAGUGACUCCAUCGAGGCCCGAGCUGAUCCUGCUGGCCAGGAUGAUGGACGGAGCGGAGGCGCUGAUCCCGAGUACGGCGAUGGGUGUGCGGAUGCCGAGGGAGCCAUUUGGUUUGGCACUCCGCCCAAGGAGAAGAAGGAGGCCAAACUUUUUGAGGUGCAUCAUGUGCAGCACAAGCUGCUGGAUGUCAGUCUGCAGUCCUUGAUUUCUUACGACGUUGAUGAUUUCGAGGAGGAGCUAUCGGACCCAGGGCCAGAUGAAGAGAUCUUCUAUGACAGCAUUGAGUGUGUUUGAGGUGGCAGGUGUUUAACUUUCAAUUAUCAUAUCUAAACUAGUCGUUGUUUUCAAACCCCCCACAUUCACGCCUUGUUUGUAAUUAUCGAAGGAAAAAGGAGGGAUAUGUGUAUGGUAGCUGUAGUAUAGUGUUAUGUGAAGUAUGUAAGGUUGAUUUAAACGUUUUCGGCUUAACUAUUCAAGGGCCCUGCAAUGAACGAUUGUAAAUGAAAUGAAUUGUGACUGAAUUGGAUUGAUCGUAAUGUUUGUUUUCCCCCUGUUAACCAUUCAGGGCUUUAGUCUAUACGCAUGAUGGUUUCUUCGACUAUUUAUUAGUAGCAUACCAUUAGUAUGCCUUACCCACUACUUUGUAUGUAUUAUUUAGAGUGUAUCGAGUUGAAUGUGUGCAUCUUUGUAAGAGUCUUAAGUUAGUUAAUCUGCACCAUUGCCUAUUUACUCAAAACUUAAAUUAAUUUACUCGUACUAAGACGGCUAAGUAGUUUAGUUGUUAAUCAAAUUUAGUUAACACAUUGCAUCUAAUGUAUGUAUGUACAGUUUGAUAUACUACCUAAUUAUGUAUGUAUUCUAUUUAAGUCAGAAGCAAAUGUAAUAGGGUCUAUCUAUCAUGUUAUAACGAAACUGCGUUUACUACAUUUAUAAAUCCAACAGACAUAGAAGUGAGGGAAACCAACAAUUAUGAUUCAUAUUAAAGCUAAUAAAUAAUAUAUUCAAAACUCAGCAAAUGUAGACAUGUAUCCAUUUAAACAGCAAAUGUAAUUGAUAAACACAUAUAAAUGAAAAAAAAAUCUAAAAUAAAAGCAAUAAAAAAUACGUA